UGAGUAUGUCCAUUAGGUCCAUUUUUUUAAAAAUCACACAUGAAUCAAGGUUGUGACUUCUAUUUUAAUAUAUAAGAUGACCAUCAUCAAUGACUAUGCUAAAAUAGACUCGAGAAGACUAAUAUCUGAUGAUAAGCUUGUUUAAAAAACAUGUGACGAUAAUCUUGGGUUUCAUUAAAAAAAAAUUAAUUAUAUUUAACUUUCAUUCAUGACAAUUGGCGCAUUGUGUACUUUCCACCUAACUCUUAUAUAGUGCUCAACAAACUCCGAAAAUAAAUCACAUGUAAAUAUUAAAAAAUGAGUCACAUUAACGCUGGGGUUUGUCGUUCAGGAUCUCCAGUGAUAUAUAAAAAGUUUAUAUCACAUGGAGUAUUAAUUAAAAAUAUUAAGUUUUUAUCAAAUAAAAUAAUAAUAAGUCAAUGAAAGCCAACUGGUUCACUCGGUAAAGAUUAUCAGUUCCAUAGUCUAAUAAUCCCCACUCUUUACGUUAAAGCCCUAGCUUCCCCUCUCUCUAUAUAUAAGCUAUUCUAGCUACGGAUCUUUUCAAUUCUCAGAAUACGAUAAGCCCUAAAUACUUUCUGCGUAUUCAUCAUAUUAGUUUUCUUAACUUGGCUUAGAAAAAUGGCAAUUAAGGUUGCACUUGUAGUCGCACUCUUUCUAAUGUCAUGCGCUAUUUCAAAGGGAAGAUCCCUUGGAUUUUCGACCAAGCAACUUGAUCGUUAUAGUUUUCCUCCUAAUUUCAGUUUUGGUGUUGGUUCUUCAGCUUAUCAGUAUGAAGGUGCAGUCGCAGAAGGAGGGAGGACGCAAAGCAUUUGGGACAACUUCACACAUGCAUAUCCAGAAAGGACGAAUAUGGACAAUGGAGAUAUAGCCGUUGAUUUUUAUCAUCGAUAUAAGGAUGACAUCAAGUUGAUCAAGGAAAUGAAUAUGGAUACUUUUAGAUUUUCCAUCUCUUGGUCAAGAAUUUUACCAAGUGGAAAACUAAGCGAUGGGGUAAAUAACGAAGGAAUUCAAUUCUACAAAAAUCUCAUUGAUGAAAUCCUAAAAAACGGAAUAAAACCUUUUGUAACUAUCUAUCAUUGGGAUAUCCCUCAAGCUCUGGACGAUGAGUACGGUGGAUUUUUAAGCCCUCGAAUCAUUGAUGAUUUCCGGAACUUUGCAAGAGUCUGCUUUCAAGAAUUCGGUGACAAGGUCGAUAUGUGGAUAACGUUCAACGAGCCUUAUAUUUAUAGUGUUGCGGGUUAUGACAAAGGCAAUAAAGCAAUGGGACGAUGCUCAAAAUGGGUAAACAGCUUAUGUGUAGCUGGUGAUUCGAGCACCGAACCUUAUGUAGUCUCUCAUCAUCUUCUUCUAGCUCAUGCUGCAGCUGUUGAAGAGUUUAGAAAUUGUGACAAGAUCUCCCAAGAUGGUAAAAUAGGCAUAGUGUUAUCACCAUUUUGGGUCGAACCUUAUGAUGUUAAUUCCCAUGCUGAUAAAGAAGCAGUUGAACGAGCUCUUGACUACUACCUUGGUUGGCAUCUCGAUCCUCUAAUCUUUGGAGACUAUCCAAAAGCAAUUAAAAGAAACGCUGGAAAAAGAUUGCCUUCGUUCACCAGAAAACAGACUGAAAUGAUAAGAAACUCGUUUGAUUUUAUUGGAAUAAAUUACUACAGUGCUCGAUAUGUCACACGCCAGCUUCAGAGCGACCCUUCACGACUUCGUUUCACCACAGAUCAACAUGUGGAGUACAAAGUGACAAAUCGUGACGGCGACUACAUUUCCUCAGAAUCGGAUGAACUCAAAUUUAUCUAUGUAUAUCCUGAGGGCCUACGAAAGCUUCUAAAUCAUAUUAAAAAUAAAUACAACAACCCAACUAUCUACAUAACUGAAAAUGGAUAUGAUGACUACGAUGUUGGGACAGUCCCACGUGAACAACUAUUAAAAGACACAAAGAGAAUAGAGUACCACGAGAAACAUCUUCAAGAACUACAUAAAGCCAUCACUGAGGAUGGGUGCGACGUUAGAGGCUAUUCCGCAUGGUCGUUGUUGGAUAACUUCGAAUGGGAACAUGGAUACACGAUGAGAUUUGGUCUAUACUACGUUGAUUAUGCAGAUGAUCUAAAACGAUAUGCUAAAGAUUCAGCCAAGUGGUUCAAAAAGUUCGUGGAGAGAAAGGAGCAAGCAACACCGUCGGAUCUGUUCAAGAGCAUCAAGAAAUGGUGGUCUGCUUUGCAGAUGGUCUAACUUCUUUGAAGAAUGAAUCAAAGCAUGAGAAACAAACAACUAGAGUCCUUGUUCUAUAGGAAAUUAUAUAUAGAAAUUAGAUAUACAUGUUUGCAACGUACACAAUCAUUCUUUUAAAAAGUUAAUUUGUAAUUUUUGUUGCAGUACUGCUCCAGACACAGUAAAUAUUGGAUGUCUGUAUAAGAAUAUACUACCGUGUUUUUUAACUUCCAAAAUUUGUCUUUUCAAUUUUGAUAGUUUAAUUUUUUAUGUAGUUUUACUUUUAUCUAAUGAACUAAAUUGGCUAUAUAAUCUAAUAAGAAUCAUUCUUUUUGUGGAUAAAACAAUUUUUUGCAAAUAAGUUAUUUAGAUUAGUUAAGAGAAUAAGAGUAAUCGAACGGAAAAUUAAGACAAACAAGUAUAAUUCCUUGUCUUGGUUAAGUCGCACAACUGAUGUAAAUAAAAUUAUGUUCCAUACUACUAGAUUUUAAACAAAAAAAAAGUUAAGCAAAAAAUAUAUAUUUAAAAAAGAAAUAGAACAUGUGAAAAAAUAAAGUCAAAUAAAAUAAAUGGAACCUAAAUUUUUAUAAAAUGGAAAUAGCGCACGAGUCAUCUACACGGAUUCACCCAUAAAAUAAUAAUAGUAAAAAAAUUAAUUAUUGGUUUAGGACUUAAAAAUAAUAAUAAUGGGCUUUAUUAAAUGUUAUUUCAAGUAUGAGCUUCAAUCAAAUGUGGGUUUUUUAAUUCCUUCCAGGGCCUCCCAUUUUUAUGUCUUGAACAUAUUUUAGGCAUGGCCCAAUCGUGCAACCAGUUCUCUAUAUGACCAGUAAUUUCCUAGAUUUUCUUAAAUAUUCAAAAACACUACUAUAGAGGAUCAUAAUUUUGUUGCAUAUAUGAAUCUAUUAUAUAAUUUCAAGAUUGCCAAUCACAUUUUUGAUAAAGAAACUCGCAGAACUAAUAGGUCCUUUGAUGUAGACUCUUUUGUACAAAUGUUACUUGAAGAAUCAAGAAAAGAUUUCUAGUGUAUAAUCCAAUCUAAGAAAAUUUACUGGCUUGAGUAGGAGAUACAAUUUUUACAAUUUAUAUAUUAGAUUCGUCACUGGUACAUUGAUCUAACCGAGUUAUAUAUUUGAUUUUUUAGUCUUCGGUUGUCGACGACCUGGAGAUAAAUUUAUUUAGAGUUGGAGUCACCCACUUCUAUGUACCAUUUGAUCAGCCAUUAUGAAUACAACAACAAUACACGAGGGAUGAAAUCAUGAAACUGAUCACGUCCCACAAUUAUUGACCUGUUUUGUAAUUGUCUUUUUACAACAACAAUACACGAGAGAUGAAACUGAUCACGUCCCACAAUUAUUGACCUGUUUUGUAAUUGUCUUUUUCUUAAAAAUCGCCGACGAGUUUGACCGGUUUAGAACCACGUCACCAUCAAGACUGCUUCAAAAUUGUCAAGUUACAAGUGGAUCUCGCUAAUACAGAUCCAAGACAAAGUCCAAGACCAAUAA